AUGGGUACCGGUGUGCCAUGUCCGAACCCGAUCCCUCGAAAAGCCAACGUGAUCGUCCCGACGACAGCGCCGCCGACGACGACAACGACGACUGUCGCCCGCGUCAGUUCCCCGCCGUGUUCCGUAUCGCGAAAGCCGAGUAUAGCGACGGCCUCGAGCGUCGGUAGCCCUCCCGACGACGCUUCGUCCGACUCGUCAACCGAAUCAGCAUCGAGUCCCCCGUCAAAGAUCCUCGAGUCGCUCAGCCCAUAUGGUAGCACGCUGGGCCGGUUAGACACCGUCGAACGCAACUCCUUAUCGCGGCUACUGCACAAGUCCAACUUUAUGCAGUACUUCAUCAGCCCAACGUUCGUCGACAGCAUGCAGCUGGACAUGACAGUCCAUCUGUUUUCCAUGUUCGACCAGGGCAAGGACGCCUAUAUCGCCAUGUACAGUGCGUUUGCGUCAUCCAUGGGGUUGGAGACGGGCGAGUACGAUCCGGAAGCGAAUCUACACCGCGGCGCAAUGGCUGUCGAACACCUUCGAUCCUGUCCAUUGCCUACACUCAAGCGCGACGAACUGCUGCCGUGGGCUGGCUUGGGAUUGGGCAUCGUGUACUUUUCCAACAUGGCCCUUGGUACCAGUGCGGCGCCCGUACGGCGAUACGUGCUUAGCCACAUUCGCCAUCUUCUAGGAACCUCACAAAUUUCCAGCUCACGGACACACUACAUCCUCGUAUACAUGACGGCUGUCGACAUCAACGAAUGCCUCAUGCAGCGCGAACUUCCAGUGUGUGGAAUCGCACCCCCCGAAUCGGGCCAUGUUGAUGCGUACGUUGGCGUGUGUAUGCCAUUGCUGCAACACAUGUACGACUUGUGCCGCAUCAGCUAUCAUCUCUACCACGAAGUCGACGUCGAAGAACAGACGCAAGCGUUGGACGAAGUGGAGCAAGCAGUCGAAGCAUGGCAGCCCGUCAUUCCUCCAGACUUUACAAACCGCUUCACCACGACCGAAGUCAUCCACAUGCUGGCCCAAAGCCGUAUCUACAAGACGGCAGCGAUGCUGUACAUUCACCGUCUACGGUACAAGUUUGGCGAGAAGGAUGACAUGGCCUCCGCAAUGGCAAAGAGCAUCAUCUCGGACCUGCAGAUGACGCUGACAGUCUCACAAGACAAGCAACGCUGCGUCAGCUUCCCGUACACCCUUGCAGCCAUCGAAGCAAAGGACGCGGCUGAGCGGGAGACAGCGAUGGAUGCCAUCAAGUCGCUCAUCGACAGCGGUAACAGCAAGUACCGCAGCAGUAUGGAGACAUUCCUCAAAGCCGUGUGGGAUAUUCGGGACAACCAGCCGGGAGCAUCUUGGCUCGACUUCAUGCAAACUCUGCCGCCGAUCUCGGUGGGCGUAUAG